AUGGUGUAUGUUAUUGAUGAAAUCAAAACGUCUGGCACAUCUAUGCCAUAUGUUCCAACACCAUUAGAUUUACCGACUCCAAUUGUUGAUAAACCAACUAAAUCAACAACUGAACAACAACAACAAUCAAAUAAAUUAAAUGAACAAGACGAAGAAGAUUUUAUUAAAAAUAAUUAUGUUGCACGUACAUUAUUAAAUGAAUCUCAAUUACCACCUAUUACUUGGUCAAAUUGGUAUAGAGAAGUUAAUUGGCCUCAAGCUAUACUAUUAUGUCUUGAGCCUUUCGUUGCAUUAUAUGGUUUAUUUACAACAUCAUUUAUGUGGCAAACAACUGUCUUUACUCUUAUAUGGUAUUUUCUUACUGGUUUUGGUAUAACUGCUGGUUAUCAUCGUUUAUUUGCUCAUCGAGCUUAUGAAGCAACAAAAACUUUACGUUAUAUUUUACUUACAUUUGGAGCUGGUGCUGUACAAGGUUCAGCACAAUGGUGGGCACGUGGUCAUCGUGCACAUCAUCGUUAUACUGAUACAGAUCUUGAUCCAUAUAGUGCACAUAAAGGCAUGUUUUAUUCACAUAUUGGUUGGUUAAUAUUUAAACCUCGUCGAAAACCAGGUGUAGCUGAUGUUACAGAUUUAAAUCGUGAUCAAAGUAUUCAAUGGCAACAUCGUAAUUACCUCAGUUUAGCUUUUUUUAUGGCAUUCGUUUUUCCAACACUUUUCUGUGGUCUUUUAUGGGGUGAUUAUCGUGGUGGUUAUUUUUUUGCCGGUGUUCUUCGUCUUGUUUUUGUACAUCAUUCAACAUUUUGUGUUAAUUCAUUAGCACAUUAUUUAGGUGAUGCACCAUUUGAUGAUAGACAUACACCACGUGAUCAUUAUAUAACAGCUCUUGUUACACUUGGUGAAGGUUAUCAUAAUUUUCAUCAUGAAUUUCCAUCAGAUUAUCGAAAUGCACUUAAAUGGUUUCAAUAUGAUCCAACAAAAAUGUUAAUAAAAUUCUUUAAAAGAAUUGGACUUGCUAGUAAUUUAAAAGAAUUUCCUCAGAAUGAAAUACAAAAAGGUCGCUAUACAAUGGCACGCAAAGACUUAGAUCAGUUUGGACAAAGUAUUACAUGGCCAAAAACAAAUACUGAUUUACCAUUGAUUUCUUUUGAAGAAUAUCAACAAUUAUCAAAAAAGAAUGAUGGUCGAGCAUUAGUUUUAAUUGCUGGUUUCAUUCAUGAUGUUAGCAAUUUUAUUGAUUCACAUCCCGGUGGUCGAGCUAUAAUUCAAAGUCAAAUUGGUAAAGAUGCUACUGUAGCAUUUUAUGGUGGUGUACAUGAUCAUAAUACUGCAGCACAUAAUAUGCUUGCUAUGAUGCGAGUUGCUGUUUGUAAAUAUGGUGGUGAAGUUGAACAUCUCAAAAGAAGACUGGGACAUAUUCAAACUCCGACUCCUAUUUUUGCUUAA